AUGACCACCAAUGUAACUCGAGAUCCGUCUACGCGACGAAUGUACUACGGAACAGUUGUGCAAACGAUGCGAACGCAUUGUCAAUUUACCAAAAAUGUGUAUGGACCAUAUCGAAAAGCACCAACACCUCUCACUGAUUUGCGAAAUUUCGACAUCAUUCAACACGUGAUUGUCGGGGACCGUAUGCAUUUGAUCGACCUUGGUGUCACAAAAAAAUUAGUUAAAGAAUGGUUAAAAUGUGGAUUGACCGAGCACCGGAAAUGGAAUGCCACAAUUGCCGAGGAAAUUUCUAAUUUUCUUACGAAGGCAAAAUUACCAUCAGAAAUUCCACACAAACAGCACUGGUAUUUUGCUAAACAACUGCUGGAGCAGUGUGUAUCGGAAUUUCCACGAGUGUACGAUAAACAUUUAGUUUCUAGUAAUGUGCACAACUUAUUGCAUAUAUUCGAUGACGCAUACAGAUUUGGUUCGUUAGAUACUAUUCUGGCAUACCCAUUCGAAAGCAAGCCACAAACUAUAAAGCGGAUGUUGCAAAGUGGUAACAGAAACCUCGAACAGCUAAUACACCGAUUAGCUGAAAUAGACAAGCUUGAAAACACCCAGCACGACGACAACGCAAAGUUUGAUGAAUUACGUUCAUAUGCGAACAUAACUCCGUUCGUCAACAUUCGAUGCAAAUUAGUUGCUUUAAACACAAAACAAGAAAAAGAAUGUGUGUUUAUUCCUCUUUUGUAUACAUUGAAAUAA